AUGGGUUGUUGCAUGUCUCACUCCUUUUUUGAAAAGGAAACCGUCUACGAAGUUACUUUAGACUCGAAUGGUGUCGCUCAACGUGUUCCUAAAGGACAAGGAACACAUUAUAUUCAUAUCUCUCCUAACAAUGAAACACACCUUGAAGAAAAGGUAUAA